AUGACAAUUAUGAUGGGGAUCUACCUUUUGCCCCCCCAAAUUACCUUGCUGCUGCAAGCUCUAGGGGUUGAUCUCCGCUACAAGGUCUCCCGUGCGGAUGUGAUUAAUCGUCUCCAUGCCCAGUUUGUUCGCAAGAUUGAUGCUGAUGUGGGACGUCGUCGCCCUCGAGUCAAUGCUCCUGGGGGAGACAGGGAUGCUCAUGUAGUUCCUCUACGUGAGGAUGGAUUAAUCCUUGCAGAUCUGGUUGAUGAUAGCACAACGAGUUCCAGUGGAGUUAAGUAG